AUGGCUUGGGACUUCAGCAUCGAUGUCAGCAAGCCCCGGAAGGGACCGACCACCCCGAGCUUCUCGGGUGACUGGCGCGGUGGGGCGGCGCUGCACCAGGCACCCCAGCCCACCUCCCGGCGCCGCCGCCCUGCUGCCGCCGCCGUGGAGGAGCGUGACUCGGACGAAGAGGCGCCCGCUGACGCUGCGGCUCAGGCUGACAAGUCGCAGGUCAACCUCGUCUGGGACGGCGAGAAAGGCCAGCUGGUUCCUGCUCCAGCCGCUGGGACAGGAGUGCCAGCAACGACAGCAAAAGCCUCUGACAGCCCAGAGGCCGCACACGCAACUGCCGAGUCGGCGGCCGAGGCUCAGGGCGAUCCAGCCCAGCCGGCACCGGUGGAGGACGACGAUGGUGAGGGAGAGGAGGAAGAAGAAGCUGCUGGUGAUCAGGAGGUGGAUGUGGAGGCAGAGAGCCGCGCAGCUUUCCUCUCGGAGGCCUCCACCCCGGAGCUGAUCAAGCAGGCAGUAGCUGUCGGCGGGCCCCUGGCCGACGCCACCAUGGACAAAUGGGUUCUGGACCAGGCGACCAAGUUGUACUUCAAGUACGACACGCCAACCCAGAAGAUGUACUGCUGGAACUCCUCUCAAGGCUGCAUGUACCACUGGAAGGAGCGUGGGAAGAUGACCUUCCUCUGGGCCUCGCCGGGCUCAGUUGGCGCUCCACCGCCAGCCAAGGUCCAGGCAGCUCCUACCGUGGACCCCGGCGCAAAGACCACCGAAGCUGUGGAAGCUGCAAAAACUCCGGCGCCGGAGAUCUGUGACAGCGCCUCCCUCUGGGUGACAGUCAUUCCACCCUCGGUUCUGGCAUCUGAUUUCGAAGAUGCAGAUGCCGAGGCCGAGGAAGAGCUGGAGCUGAAUGCCAAGGCCAUGGGCGCCGUCAUCGGCAAAGGUGGCAAGGGCAUCAAGGAGGUCGAGCAGGCUACAGGCGUCAAGUCAACAUCCCUCGAUGCCAAGUCAUCUGAGGGUGCGCAGCUGCGCCGGCUUGUGCUUCGGGGCACCCGGGCGCAAAUCGCGCAGGCGAAGUCUGCGGUCGAGCAGCGAAUCGUGAUGGUGCUAGGAGCCAAGGCGGCCGAAAAGGUGCAAAAGCACUGGAGCUCUCAGCUUCUCGAAAAGAAGCGCACAGAAACGGGAUCGGAAGCUGCUAAAAGCGGCGUCCGCGGUCUCAGCGAGUUCGUGCUGCAUCAUGGUCUCAAGGCCGUGAUGGCGAGGCGACUGGCGAAGUUGGACGCAAUGCUGCAGCGUUACACCAUCCGGCACUUCAAGCCCAUGAAAGCCAAGCCGGCCAAUGCGCUGCGAGGAUACCUGGCCUCGAUGUUCAAGUUCCCACAGCGCUGGCGCCUCGAGGCGCUCUACGAAGAUGGUGAGCUCGAUGGCGAGAUCUGUGAGACAGUUCCGCUCCGCACUAGCGCUGUGGUUGGCCGACAGCGGCUGGCUGCGCAAGAGGAUGCCGAGGACGAACAGCUGAUCGAGCUGGAGGUGAAUCCAUCCUUAGGCCCGAAAGAAGCCUCAAAGCUGUACGGAGAUGUUCAGGAUCAGCACUGCCGCCUGCAUCGGAUGGGCAACGACUUUUAUGUCAUGGCCUUGGAGUCUCAGAUCGGCACGUUGGUGGACGGACAGAAGAUUCGACACCAAGAUGGGCCGGUGCCGAUCAGAGACGGGACCACCUUGGGCAUCGGGAAAUACCUCGUCUACUGUGAAGUCGGCAACGAAGCCUUCUUGCAGGACAGGCGGAGAAAGCUCCUGGCGGGCGAGAGGUUCUGGAAGGAAGGCAAAGCCAGCCUACAGAAGUCCGAGGAAGCUGCCGAGGCUAAGCCCGCAGCUGAGGAGGGUGAGGCUGCACAAGCUGGCGAGGGUGCUGACGAUGAUGAGGAGGACGAAGAGGCACUCGAUGUCCUCUUUACCGCACCACCAGACGAGGCCGAAACCGAUGGAGUGACGAAGGCAGAGGCGGCGGCAACAGAGGACGCGGACAUGAAACCCUCGGAGGAGGAGUCGGCGGUCGACCGUGAGUCGAAGAAGAGAAAGCGGGAAGAG